AAUAAUCUUCUAAUAUUAACUUUAUUUUAGUUAGUUGUAGGUUUGCACGCGCACACAACUCACGGGGAUUUCCCCGUAAUAAGCCACGCAAGUCAAAAAAUAAUAGUUAGAGCCUCAAAUCCCGGUCAAUUUGAAAACGACGUUGAGUUAAUAUGGCAAAAAGGACAAACACAAGACUCAGUUUUCCACGCGGGAAAAGUUGGAAUCAACACCGACCGCCCAGAUGAAGCCUUAGUGGUCCACGGGAACCUAAAAAUAACCGGCCACAUCAUCCAACCCAGCGACAUCCGCGCAAAAAAGAACAUAGUCGAUUGCGAUACCCGACAACAACUCCAAAACGUUCAAAAAUUACGCGUUGUCCGCUACGAAUAUGACUCGGAAAUCGCGUCAAAACUCGAAAGAUCGUCAGGAAACAUGAUCGACACUGGAGUUAUAGCCCAAGAAGUAGCUGAGAUUUUACCCGAGGCUGUUAGCCCGGCGGGAAAUUUAAUCCUCCACGAUGGGACGUCGAUUGAUAACUUUUUAGUCGUGAAUAAAGAGAGGAUUUUUAUGGAGAACAUCGGGGCGGUGAAGGAGUUGUGUAAAGUCACCGAUAAUUUGGAGAAUCGAAUCGAUCAGUUAGAAAAGAUUAAUCGCAGGUUGAACAAGUUGAAACGAGGCGAUAGUUUGAAAUCGAACAGUACAAUUGGAAGUGGAAAUACGAUGAAGCACGUGCAACAUUCGAAGAAAUGUUUUAAACAUCAUAAAUGUAUCGAGGAGAAUGAGUUGUGCUCCACGAAGUUUAUACAGGUUAUAAUCGUCGUUUUGAUCUUGAUUAUGGCGUUUUGGUAAGAAAAAGAAAAUUUUUUACUCAU